AAACUUCAAAUUUACUUGUCUUAUUUAAGUUUCUUUUUAUAUUAAAAUCAUGAGACGCCGUUCGAAGAGAUAUUUAUUGUUUGUAGUAUUUGUCUUAUUCCUCUCAAGUUACAUAGCUUCCAGUUUAUUAUUCGCUUAUUUCAGGAAAGUAUAUUUGCCGGAAUUCUUUAAUGUUUAUAGAAAACUAAUAUUUCCCGAUGACAUAUCUUGUUAUCGGACGAGCGAGUUAUCUACAAAUUACAUUUAUGCGCCUAACUCAAUUUUCUUUUACCAGACGGCAUGCCGUAGAACAAUAAGAUUACACGAAGCUUGCUCUAUUGAGGCCGCUGCGAGGUUACAUCCAAAUAAAAAUGUGUACAUAAUAAUUUUGAACGAGAUAUCCCCACAUGACGCCGUUAUAAAACAAGUAGAGAGAUAUAGUAAUGUGAAAGUAUCGAGAAUUAAUAUCGAGAGUUUUGUAAACGGAACGCCGUUUAACGAUUUAUAUGACAUUAUUUAUAAAGUGAAAAGACGGCACAAAGUUAUGUCGGAUUUAUUGAAGAUCAUAACGCUGUUCAAAUACGGCGGAACCGCUUUAAAUUUAGAUAUUACUGUAACGAAAUCUUUAAGUAAAUUAGGGAAGCAUUGGUUCGUUAAAGAUGGUGGCAGUAUUUUUCCUAUGUUGAAUCUAUCGAACGAUUUGAUUGGUAGAGCUGCAGCUUAUAUGAUAAUGAGCAAUUUAAGAUCACAAGCGGACGAUGGUUAUGUCGAUGUUGAAAGGGCUGUUGAAGCUGCGUUAGGAGACCUGUGUUCAGUUUCAAAUUUAAAUAAAAUGAACAACUCCACAUGCAGUGGUUACAAGAUUUAUGACGCUAAAAUAUUCCGACCUAUAGGUUACGAACAGCGACAAUUGUAUUUAGAAACGGAUUACGUACAAAGUAACUUCGGAUAUCAGACUUGGUUAGACGCGGUCAGGAUUUUACCUAGAGACUCCUUGUACUGCACAAUAGCAAGGGAUUUCUGCCCCUUUAUAUACGGAGAAUUUAUGGAAGGAAUUAUACAAGAUUAUUGAUUAUUUAUAUUUAUUAUAUUUGAAUAUAUUUUUUAUUAUUAUCUAUAAUCAAAUGUACUUAAAAUAUCUUUUUGUUAUAACUAUUUUUGCUUUUAUAGUAAUGAUUUGUCAUUGAAUUAAAAUAUAUGAUACU